UUGGACAUGCGUGGGUCCAGUGGAAACUUUUGAAUGCUUUUGUAUGCAGAUUACAUACUAGAUCAGUAUAUCAUAUGAAUGAUAUCAGAUAUCAGGAUCGAGUGGCUGAUCUACUUAUGCGCUGCGUCAAAAUUCAUGUAGAGAUCAUGAAGUUGAAAAGGAUACUGAUGAAGAGAGCUACCUAUUUAGUUAUAUCGUUCACAUUUUUCGGCUUAACCAUCGUCGUUUUCUCUGGUUAUUUCAUAAUGACGGGUAUGAGCCCCAGAAGUAACUUCAGAAUAUAUACUUUAUUGAUGACCGGUUGUUUUAUACUCUGGGCCUUCUGUGAAUAUUGUCAACGAAUGACAAAUGAGUCAGAAAAGGUUUUUCUUAACGACUACAGAUGCCCGUGGGAACAGUUCAACAAUUCUAACAGACGAAUACUUUUGAUGCUUCUUUCGAACACGAUAAAUCCUGUCACCAUUUCUUGCUAUAACGUUCUGGAUGCAAAUUAUCCACUGGCAGUCAAGAUGUGGCGAAUGGCAUAUGCUUCUUACACACUGUUCACCAAUAUGAGUUAAGCUGGUUCCUAACGUUGAACGUUUUGAAUGACUAUGUUGACAAUUUUUUUCCACAUCCCACUGUUGGUGAGAUAAAAUAUGGAUUACUGAAUCACACAUGUUGAAAAAUAG